AACUAUCUGUGACGUCACGGCUCGCAAUGUGGCUACUGCAGAGAUGUGGAGUAAGGUUUCUAAAGGCAUUAGCUCCCUGCAGGAGGCGACCCUACAGCGUGCAUCCACCUGGCAGCGUCAUGGAAACACUGUACAAUAGAAUAAAGCUCACAGGUCCCAUCCAAGUGGCCAGCUACAUGAAGGAGUGCCUAUUACACCCAACAACAGGGUAUUACAUGCAGAAGGAUGUGUUUGGUGCACGAGGUGACUUCACCACUUCACCUGAAAUCAGCCAGGUCUUUGGAGAGCUGGUGGGUGUGUGGGUGCUAGCUGACUGGAUGGUGGGAGGAGAGCCUCGUGAAUGGAGUCUGGUAGAACUUGGUCCGGGGAGAGGAACGCUGACAAAGGACAUUCUCAGAGUGUUUGGGCAGUUCCGUCGUGUCCUGGACUCUCUCUCUGUCCAUCUCGUCGAGGCCAGUCCUACCAUGAGCCACUUGCAAGAGAAAACACUGACAGGAGAGGAAAGGGAGGUGGUGGAGACUGGGCAAAGGGCACUGUUUGAGGAGUCUCCAUACAAAACCUGUACACUGGAGUCUGGAGUGCCAGUUCACUGGUAUCAGAGAUUAGAGGAUGUUCCUCUUAGUCACUCUUACAUCAUUGCACAUGAGUUCUUUGAUGCUCUGCCGGUCCACCAGUUCCAGGGAACAGAGGAAGGGUGGAGAGAAGUACUGGUUGAUAUCGACCCUGAGAAGAGUGACAUGUCGCUUCGAUUUGUUGUGGCCCCAGGGCCCACCCCAGCCUCUGCUGCCUUCUCCUCUCUCCUGCCUAGUCGGCCAAGUGCCAGUGGAGAGGAGGGGGAGGGAGGAAGAGUGAGGCAAGCAGAGGUGUGUCCUGAAGGGCUGCUAGUUGCAAAGGAGAUCGGGAGGAGAGUGGUGGAGCAUGGAGGUGCUGCACUGGUAGUGGACUAUGGCAGUGAGACUGCCACAAAUCACACCCUGCGAGGCUUCAGGAGCCACCAGCUGCACGACGUACUGACAGAUCCCAGCUCUGCAGAUCUCACUGCAGACGUUGACUUUGGAGCUCUCAGCAGAGCUAGCCAAGGAGAAGGGGCUGGAUACGCAGGACCAAUAACACAGAAUGAGUUCCUGCACAAGAUGGGGAUAAGACAGAGAAUGCAGGUGCUACUAGACAAGGCUAAUCUGUCUGAGGCCGAGCAGCUGCUGAGCGGAUACGAGAUGCUGACCAGUCCGGAGAAGAUGGGCGAGCGGUUCAAGUUUCUCACAAUCACUUCCUCCCCCUCUCACAUCCCCACUCCCUUUGUGGCUGGAGUCGAACCGUUUCCCCCAAGACCCAGAACUAAUAUAUAACAGCACUAACUCUUCCACACUGAGUAUGAUUUUACUCUCAGCAUAGCUUUACAUACUGAGAUAUAUACCAGGGUUUACUGCAAAUUGCAAAUCAGUUGAACACAUUAGGUCUGGAUUUUUGCACAGCAAUUCCUAAAGUGGUAUAUAUAUUCUAUUAUACACACAGAGUCAUAUGUACAGAGAUAUGGUUCUAUUGGUGAGGAAAUGAUUGAAAUGAUUGAAAUGAUGGGCUAGAAAUGGUGGCUGGCAGAGUGCUAGCUAGCUGGUCCAGCCUGCCUUGGAGAAGAAUGUCAUGAGUCUGGAUCGCUGGUCGGAGGAGAGGUGGCGAGGUGGCCUCACUUUCCCCGGGUAACCACUUCUCUUGAGGGCAGAGUUCCUCAGAAUGUCUGUCUUGCACGACAGGUACUCUUCUGCUUCAACCCCCACCGACUGAGACAACUUUUUCUCAGAAGAGGAGAGGAGAGCCAGAUUGGCAGCUGAAGACAAAUCUUCCUCUUGUUCAUCAGAGCUCAUAUCUCCCUCAUCCUACACAGAAUGGAAAAUUUACAGACGGU